AUGAAACAAGCCGGCGAUGCGACAAACAAGGAGGACGCGGCCGAAGCGCUCGACUCGCUUCUCCUCAUGGACGAAGUGUGCGACAUAGGUUCAGCAAAGGACUGGCCGGCCACGCUGCAGUCGCUCGCGCCCUUCGUCUUCACCCUCUCACACCCGGCUGCCAUCUUCUGGGGCGACAAGCUUGCCAUGGUAUACAAUGAAGCCUGGGAAGCAACCUCACACAGCGCCUUGAAGCAAGGCAGACCGCCGAACGACGCCUUCAACAAAGACACGAUAGAUACACUUCGCGAAUAUAUGCAAGGCCGCAUACCCCGACCUAUCGCCGCCUCCGAACUGUCCGAAGACCAUGCGACCACUACUGGGAAGUCUCCUGUUGUGUGCAGUCCUAUACACAACAACACCAAGGUCGCAGGCGUCCUGGUACAAAUCUUCAGCAAAACACACCUCAGUAACAAAGACGCCAAGGAGAAGGCGUCAAAGGAGGAGGCACAUCAGAAGAAUUCAACCAAGGAAGACAUGAACGGUCUUGUGAAUCAUGAGGAGACUGCCUUGGACCGUCAGCCUUUCUUUCAAAAGUUUGCAGAGAUGCUGCCAACCGGUCUUGCCAUCCUCAACCACAAAGCAGACCCACUAUUCGUCAACCACCAAUUCCACGACCUGACCGCACACCGUGGUCCCAACCAAUCGUUCAGAAUGUGGCCCGAGACCAUCCAUCCAGACGACUAUGAACGAGUCAUGAACGAAUAUCACAAGGCCUUUGAUUCACAGACGGAUCUGGAAACAGAGUUCAGGGCUUUUGGCGAGAACCAGUGGCGACUGUUUUUGAUGCGACCACUCGGAAAGAACAAUCUCCAACAAUUUGAUCUGCGACAAUUUGGUGGAUAUAUAUGUGCUCUGAUCGACGUAUCCGACAUGAAGAAUGCCGAGCUUGCUCAAACCAGAGUUGCCAAAGAAGCCCGCGAAAGAAAGCAGCAGCAAGAACGUUUCAUCGAUAUGAUCUCACAUGAGAUUAGAAACCCACUGUCUGCUGUCUUACACUGCGCUGAGAACAUAAUGGAUGCUGUAAAAGACGGCGAAGCAAAGUCUGACAAUAUUGCUGUCGACGAAAUUGUUGAUGCUGUCCACACCAUCCAACUCUGCGUAGAUCACCAAAAAACUCUCGUAGAUGAUGUGCUCAGCUUCUCAAAACUCGACGCCUCAAUGCUCUCGCUUGCUCCGAGAGCUACAAAACCAAAAAUCCAGAUGGCAGACACACUCAAGAUCUUCCAACCAGAACUACGCAAGCGAAAGGUCGAGUUUAGCUACAACAUCAAACCUGAAUACGACAACUGCAACGUAGAUUGGGUCAUGGCAGAUCUUGUAAGGGUCAGUCAGGUGAUCGUCAAUCUCAUGACAAACGCCAUCAAGUUCACGACAAAGUCCGAACGCAAGAAGAAGAUUGACAUCGAAGUCGCUGCCUCAAUAGAGAGACCAGCAUCAUAUCCACCCAAUGUGGUCUUCUUCAAGACGGACGAAAUAGGCCUGAAAACUGAUGCAACCGGCAACCCUGAGUGGGGCGAUGGUGAACCGCUCUACAUCAUGGUUGCAGUCAAGGACACUGGAAUUGGCAUAAGCGAGGAGAAUCAGGCCAAGCUGUUCGAACGGUUCCAACAAGCCACGCCCAAGACCGGACAGAUGUAUGGCGGUUCCGGACUCGGUCUCAAUAUUGCCCGUAAAAUGUGCCAGUUGCAUGGUGGAGAGAUCGGAGUCAGCUCGGUUGAAGGUGAAGGGUCAAUCUUUGGGUUCUUCUUCAGAGUGAGACGAGGUGGUGAACCAGAAGACGCUGAUAAGCUGGAGCCGAAGGAGCUCUCAGAAAGACUCAAGAAAUCUGGGCACGUGGAGAUGACAGAAGUCGAUGAGGAAAAGGUGUCGGAAGACUUGAAGAACAUCCCCGGAGAAAACACUGGAACGAACAGCGAAAAUCCCCCAAAAGACCGAUGGCAACACACAGCUGAUAUGGCGGACCGGAUGGGCGAAAAGCACAACAACAGCAAGUCAACAGGCGACCAAGGCGAAACAUCACAUUCCAGGGCCCAAGAUGAUGAGUCUCAACGGCAACAGAAGAGACCGGCCAAUGCAGGACGAAGUUCACAACGACCUGAUCCGACAUUUGAAAAGCGGAAAUCGGGUCAUUUCGAAGAUAAUGACAAGCAAGCUACGGAAGACCCUGAACACGAAAGGAAAUCUGCAAAAAGGUAUGAGAACACUGGCAAAUCUGUUAAACAGAUUUCAAACCCACACAGCGACUCGAGGCCUACUAUACUUUUCGUGGAGGUACGUUGUUCCGCCCCUUCAUCAUAUCAAUCACUCACAUGGCUCUUUAGNGAUAAUCUAAUAAACCAGAAACUUCUGAANAAGAAGAUCGAAUCCAAAGGCUUCCAAGUUACGACCGCCGACAACGGAAAGGAGGCUUUGGAGAUGAUCACGGCUCGUUCCUCCGAACACAAACCUCCCUUUGACUGCGUACUCAUGGACCAGGAGAUGCCUGUCAUGGAUGGCAAGACUGCUUCUCGAGAAAUCAGAAAGUUUGAAGGCGACAAUAAUCUGCCGGCUGUCAACAUCAUCGGUGUGACGGCUAACGUGAGACAAGAACAACAGAGCGAGAUGACCGAGGCUGGAAUGAACGAUGUCAUUGCUAAGCCAUUCAAGAUGGAGGAGUUGCUCGAGAAGGUCAGAAGAGGCAGCAAGUAG